UAUUCUCACCUUGUGGAAGUAAAACUGUCUCAGUCUCAGUUAUCGAGAGGAGAAAUGGCGCAGAAAGGAGAUCAGCUGGACCAGGAAACCUUUUCUUGUUCGAUCUGUUUGGAGAUUUUAAAGGAUCCGGUGACUAUUCCCUGUGGACACAGUUACUGUAUGAACUGUAUUAACAACUUCUGGGAUGAAGGAGAGAAGAAACUCCCCAGCUGUCCUCAGUGUAGACGGACUUUCACUCAGAAACCUGAGCUGGUGAAAAGCACCAUGUUAGCAGCUUUAGUGGAGCAGCUGAAGAAAACUGGAGUCCAAGCUGCUCCUGCUGAUCACUGCUAUGCUGGACCUGAAGAUGUGGUCUGUGAUUUCUGCUCUGGAAGAAAACUGAAAGCCAUCAUCAUCUUCAUCUGUGUGGUCUGUCUGGCCUAUUACUGCCAGAAACACCUUCAACCUCACCGUGAUGUGGCUCCAUUAAAGAAACACCAGCUGGUGGAUCCCUCCAAGAACCUGCAGGACAACAUCUGCCCCCGUCAUGGUGAGGUGAUGAACAUGUUCUGUCGUACUGAUCAGAAGUCUAUCUGUUAUCUCUGCUCUGUGGAUGAACAUAAAGGCCACGACACGGUCUCAGCUGCAGCAGAAAGGACUGAGAGGCAGAGAGAGAUGGAGGUGAGUCGACAACAAAUCCAGCAGGAGAUCCAGGACAGAGAGAAAGAUGUGAAGCUGCUUCAGCAGGAGGCGGAGGCCAUCGAUCAGUCUGCUGAUAAAACAGUGGAGGACAGUGAGGAGAUCUUCACUGAGCUGAUCUCUCUCCUCCAGAAGAGAAGCUCUGAGGUGAAGCAGCAGAUCAGAUCCCAGCAGGAAACUGAAGUGAGGAGAGUCAGAGAGCUGGAGGAGAAGCUGCAGCAGGAGAUCACUGACCUGAAGAGGAGAGACGCUGAGAUGAAGCAGCUCUCAGACACCGAGGACCACAACCAGUUCCUCCACAACUACCCCUCACUGUCAUCACUCAGGGAGUCUACACACUCCUCCAGCAUCAGCAUCCGUCCUCUCAGGUACUUUCAGGAUGUGACAGCAGCUGUGUCAGAGGUCAGAGGUCGACUACAGGACAUCCUGAGAGACACGUGGACCAACGUCUCACUGGCCGUCACUUAUGUGGAUGUUUUACUGUCAGAACCAGAUUCAGAACCAGAACCAACGAGCAGAGCUGGAUUCUUGAAAUAUUCAUGUGAAAUCACUCUGGAUCCAAACACAGUAAACACACGGCUGUUACUGUCAGAGGAGAACAGAAAAGUGACUUUCAUGAACAAACAUCAGUCUUAUUCUGAUCAUCCAGACAGAUUCACUAAAUAUUCUCAGGUCCUGAGUAGAGAGAGUCUGACUGGACGUCGUUACUGGGAGGUGGAGAAGAAAGCAGGUGUAGUUCGUGUAGCAGUUUCAUACAAAGAUAUCAGCAGAUCAGGGAGGGAAAGUGUAUUUGGAUGGAAUGACAAAUCUUGGUCACUACGUUGUCUCUCAGACAAAUAUGAAUUUGUCUACAACAACAUCCACACCUCCAUCUCAGGUCCUCAGAGCUCCAGAAUAGGAGUUUACCUGGAUCACAGAGCAGGAGUUCUGUCCUUCUACAGCGUCUCUGGAACCAUGACCCUCCUCCACAGAGUCCAGACCUCCUUCACUCAGCCGCUACACGCUGGAGUUUAUGUUCAUGGUUCUGGAGCCUCAGCUGAGUUCUGUAAACUCAAAUAGACUUAUUUACUCUUCAUGUCUUUAUUGAUUUUCUUCUCUUCUCAGAGAUGAUCGUCUCAAACUCUGAUAGAUGGAGGGAUGUUUUCGUUCUAUAAGUUAAUGUUUUGUUGUUAUUUCAUCUUUGGAUGUGAAAGUCGUUCUUUUGUAGUUUCACCUGGGAAAUAUUAAUAAUAUUAACAUGUUCUUUUUCAGUAUAAAAACAUAGAAAUAAGCCUGUGUUGUAGUAAUAAUAAUAAUAAUAAUAAUGACUUGGAUUUAUAUAGCGCCCUUCAAGGCACCCAGAGCGCUUUACAGAAAUCAUUAUUCAUUCAUACACAUUCUCACCAGUGGUGGUAAACUACAUUUGUAGCCACAGCUGUAAUUGUUGUUAACUAUUAUUUUUUAUGUGUUUCUAUGUUGUAUUUCUCUUUUCUUCUUCAUGGACUCCAACAGACGACCCACCAGACCUUCUUCAUCUCUGAUUUCAUGUCUGCAUUCACUUGUUUCCUCAUUCAUUGGCAAACCAAAUGUUCUUGUUUUCUAAAGGUGAAAAUGUUUUUUUUAGACUCGAGCACAAAGUAAAUGAUUAGAGAAAUGUUAGUGACAGCAGCAACGCAGCAAACAGUUGAGUGAAGCCUCUAGUUGGUGUAAACUAGUGUGUUGGGGCCGGUAGUCAUCGCUGCAGCUGCAGGACCAGACUAGAUCUGCAGAUCACAUGUUGAUUUCUAAAUCUGUUGAGGAUGUUUCAUGUUUAACAAUCUGAAUAUUUAGUAAGAAAUAAAACUUCUG